GCGUUUCUCCCAUUCGUCGAGGAGCGGCAUAAAUCGUCGACUUUCUUGGCAAUUUCUCCUCUGGUGAUUCACUUCGCUGCGUCAGCUCUUCUGAUCUGAAUUUCUGGGUUCGUUUAAAAAGUUAGCAUCUUUUGAUGGUUUUCGCGGCGCGAGCUUGUUUCGUCGAAAUUAUUUGGGAUUUUUUGCCUUUCUUGCGCCAAAGGUUGCGUGUUUAGAUUGGUUUAGUGGAGUCAACUGGUCAAGAUUCUGCCUUUUUGCGGGUCUUGGUGAUGGGAGCUGUGCUAGUGCUACGGCGGUGCCAUAUUGCCGAGCCAUAAAAAAGAGGCGUCUCGGCUGGAGCGUCUCUGGAUGGACUCCCGGCAGCCGCAGCGGAAGUUUCCUCAGCAGCAGAAGCAAGGUGCAGGGUUUCGGCCGAGACUGGAGCGGUGCAACGCGUUGAAAAACAUCAAGUACGAGGCGCAGGCAGUGCGGGCGUCGUGGUCUGCGGGAUCCUCCGCUGCUGCGUCAGAGGAGCAAGCCAACACCCGCGUCACUCUGUCGCUGAACAUCUGGCCAUCGACCUACGCCCACAAGACGAGCUUUCGGAUCGACGGCAGCGUGGAGGACGAGGUGGGCAUCCUCUGCCGCAGCCUCGGUCUCGACGGCCCAGAGGACUUUGCCAUUUCAUUUGACGAUUGGGAGAAGCGAAAGGUGCGAUCGCCCGCAGAUUUUCUCACUAGGUCUAAUUUUCUGCAGCCGGACAGUCCAAACAGCCUAUGCCACACCUUGUCGCAAAAAUCAGCUCUUUGUGCGUCCAUUUUGUCUGCCGCAAACGAGCAGAGUAAGCAGCAGAACUCAGGAGAAGAAGACAGGAAGCCCUGUGUUGUUCAGAACCCCGAUAAUAGGGUUUCUGAAACUGAACCUGUCGAGAUUCCAUGUGCUUCUCCAAGGUCUAGGGCAGGAGAUGUAGGGAUCCGAGGAGUCCGGCCACCGGUUCUUUCUCCUCCAACACCUUCCACAACGUUUUUACCUACACCAUCUUAUCCUACUAGGGAUAAUCUACCAUCAGCUCUUAAACCUCCUCUCUCUACCUCCGUUCCAGACUCUGCCAGCACAGCUUUGUAUAACUUAAGAGCCUUGGCUCCAGAGAAGAGUGGUCUUGAUGCAGGUCGAAGGAAAUCUGUGGAUUCCAAGGAUGAGGUGAAGGGAGGAGUUUCACCUGUGGAUGAAAUCACUGAUGAGGAAUUGAGGGAGAUUUGGUUGGGGGACACCUCUGAUGACUUUACUGGGACUUCUUCUUACUCGACGAUGAAUGAUGAUGAUUCAUCCUGUUCGACCACUGAGACAUUCAUCAUCUCGCCUAACGGUAGGUUCAAGAGGAAGAUAAAGUCAUGGAUGCGUGGUGCGUUCUUGGGGAGCGGUUCGUUCGGUUCAGUUUAUGAGGGGAUCAGUGAGGAGGGUGUAUUUUUUGCUGUUAAAGAAGUUCCCUUGCUUGACAAAGGAUGCAAUGCUCAACAAUGUAUUCUUCAACUUGAGCAGGAGAUUAUGCUGCUGAGUCAGUUUGAACACGAUAACGUUGUUCAGUAUUAUGGGACAGACAAGGAGUCAUCAAAACUAUAUAUUUUCCUCGAACUUGUCACACAAGGUUCCCUUGCAUCUCUGUACCAGAAGUAUCGUUUGCAAGACUCCCAAGUUUCUUCUUACACCAAGCAAAUUCUAAAUGGAUUAAAUUACCUUCACGAGCGUAAUGUUGUGCACAGAGAUAUCAAAUGUGCAAAUAUAUUGGUUCACGUGAAUGGCUUGGUGAAACUUGCAGAUUUUGGAUUGGCAAAGGAGAUGAGCAAGUUCAACAUGCUGAAAUCUUGUCGAGGAAGUGUAUAUUGGAUGGCUCCAGAGGUUGUUAAUCCUAGAAGAACAUAUGGACAAGCUGCCGAUAUAUGGAGUCUUGGUUGCACUGUUCUGGAAAUGCUUACUCGCCAGAUUCCAUAUCCUCACUUGGAACUGAUGCAAGCUUUAUACAAGAUCGGCCACGGCGAACCCCCAACUAUUCCAGACUCUCUCUCCAGAGAUGCACGCGAUUUCAUUAGGAAGUGUGUACAAGUAAACCCUGAUGACCGUCCUAAUGCUUCUCAACUAUUGGAGCAUCCAUUUGUAAAAGGCCGCUGAGAAUCUCUUCGGUCUCUAAUUCAUCUUCCUUCAACAAUAGAGUUGCAUUUUUUCCCCAAGAUCACAUAUAUUAGUCGACAUUUCGCCAGGGUUCUUGCUCUACAUUUCGAUUUGCAAUGUUUACUCUGGCUGCAUGAGAUUGUAGUGAAUCUAUAGUCCUAAAUCCAUGUUACUUAGCUUGGUUAUUGCACACAAUGUAUAGACUUCUGCUGUAUAUUCUCCACUCUUUAAUGUUUGGUUUACCUGAUAGAAUAUAGUAAUGUAGCAGUUAUCUGUGAGGGUGGAAUAUGUAAAGAAUGAAAUAAGAAUUUAAGAAUGUCUAAUGUGUUUGAUUUA